AUGUUCCCUACGGUUCAAUAUCGUACAUAUUAUGGCUAUAUCAGCGCCACCGUGGGCUCGCAAACCGGUCCUUAUCAAACGUAUUUUGAGGGUUUGCAAGAACCGCCCCCUUCGGACCAGGGGGAGGAACUCGCCUUGCUUGAUUUUUCGAAACUUUGUCUUUCCAUCAAGUAUCUUCGUUGCUACCAGGCGGGAGGCAAUAGAAACACUCAAAGUAAGGGAAAAAUGCCUUUAAACCGUUCACGAAACCUAGUCCACACAUCAUAUCGUGGUCGUUAUAACCGCAUUUUCAACGUAACAGGAUAUAUUGUCCGUUAA